AAAUGUGGUACUUCACAAAUUGUCAUUUUUGCAAUAUUCAUAUUUUAUAUAGAAUCCUAAACUACUCUUCCUCAGCCUGUUUUCCAAUCAGAGUUGCUUGUUGUGUGGAGGGCGCAGAGUACACACCUUCGACCCAUGCAGGACACACACUCACAGUCACUGACUUUAUAAUCUGUGGACACAUUUUAUAACCUGGAACCAUAAUCAUAACCAAAUAACCUUUUCCUGGGAUUAAUGCUGUGUUUGUCAGUGUAAAUUCACUUUUAAAUGUUCUGGUCUAGGCAUUUAUUAUCUAGGAAUAAAACUUUUAACCAUUUAACACAAUAUGAUCAACCAACUGACCACAGGUUUCAGAAUCUGCAAGGCAGUACAAAAGAAAAUCAUUUCUAGAAGUUAUCUCAUGUUUGAGAAAGUUCUGCUGGGCUUGCUCCUCCUUAAGUUAGUAAACAGAGGGGCCAUCUCACCAGACACACACACACACACACACACACAUACACACACACACACUCCUCCUUAAGUCAGUAAACAGAGGGGCCUACUCAACAGAUAUGACUGUAUCUCUGACUACAGAAUUCAUCUGAUAGACUGACUGAAAUGAUUUGGUCUUCUUACAGAACACACCUUGACGAUGGGAUGCUCUGCCACUACAUCCUCCUGCAGAGAAACACUUGUGUUUGCUGAUGAAAAACAACACUUCAGAAUUCCAGCUCUUCUUUACGUUAAAGAAUGGCAGACAUUCCUGGCAUUUGCAGAGAAGCGCACCUCUCCCAAAGAUGAAGACGCAAAUAAUCUGGUGAUGAGUAAAGGCACACGCCAGCCUGACGGCUCACUACAGUGGUCUCCCACCGAGGACGUGAAGGAGGCGGCCAAAGAUGGCUACCGCACCAUGAACCCCUGUCCAGUCUUUGAAAGGAACUCAAAAACACUGUUUCUGUUUUUCAUCUGCAUCGAGGGUAAAACUCCCGAAAAUCAGCUCAAGCCAGGCCAGACUCGUUUAUGCUACGUCACCAGCACAGACCACGGGGUGACCUGGAGCGAUUUAACAGACUUAACGAGCACUGUCAACUUUACCAAUUACCAAACCUUCGCUGUGGGACCAGGCCACGGGAUCCAGCUGAGCAGCGGCACACUGCUCGUGCCUGCCUAUGUGAAGGUUGGCUCUGGUAAGAGUGUGAAGCCCCAUGCUGUGGUGCUGCGCAGCGAGGACCAGCACACCUGGAAGGCAGGCCAGCCCAUCACCAUGGAGUCCGGGGAGUGCCAGCUGGCCGAGGUGUCUGACGGGAAGGGUGGGAGGCAGGUGUAUCUGAACGCUCGCAGCACCGGAGCACCGAAGCCACGGGUAGAGGCACUGAGUGACGACGGCGGGGCAAGUUUUACCCUUUUUACCCCGCUAAACCGAAAGCUAGAGGAGACGCCCACCGGCUGCCAGGGGAGUGUGUUGGGGAGAUCCUCAGAGACGGGUCUGCUCUUCAGCCACCCGACCAGAGGGGAGGGCCCGGACAGGCUGGACCUCGGGGUCUACCUGAGGAAGUCUCUCCAAGACACAGACCCCUGGGGUGAACCCCACAUCAUCCACCCAGGGCCCAGUGGCUACUCAGACCUCACCUGCUGUGAGGAGGAGGGUCACUUUGGUUGUCUGAUGGAGUGUGGCCAUGAGAAACGUCUUCAUAUUGUCUUCAAAGAGUUCGAUGUCAAGGAGAUACUGCACAUAGUUAAUCAUUCAGAUGUAGACAGAGGGGAAGCUGUGUGA